UUUCCUAAUAUCGCAAACUUAAUCGCAAGCUUCGAAUUCCGUGGCUAUCUCUCCAUGAUAAAUGUUACAAUCAGCUCAGCUGUUGUGGUAUCGUGACGAGUUUCCGGUGGAAAUCAACACAUGAUAAAAGAAGAGAAUCAGCUGUUUGUUCUAUCCAAACGCAUGCGCAAACUGGCCGGCACUAAAAGCACGUGAACGCAUAUAUAAACAGAAAAUGACAGCCAAGAUCGGUGGAUAAUUUGUGGAGAGAACGCUAUUGUUGUUUAUGAAUUAUUAAUCGAUAGUAGAUCGGAUUGAAGAAUUGCGUAUUCGAUGCCGCUUGGUAGCAAGCCAGAAUGCGCAAAAUGUGGGACUCGCGAGACCCCAUUGUGGCAUUCGACCGAUGCCGGAAACUUGUGCAACGAUGCCGAGGCGAAUUCGUCCUCCAAGGCAGACGAGGAGGAUAAGAAUGGCUCGCUAAGACCUAGAAGAAGCACGAGGAUCACGAGAUAUUGCAAUGCGAAGGCAACAGGACCGCAUAAAGUUAUACCUAAAGGCAAGGGUCGCAGGAACUUGUUUAAGAAAACGCCAGUCAAAGGACCCACUGCUACUGCAACUCCAGUCACUAGUAACUUUGUAUUUUAUAAAGGCACAUAUUUUCAAGUUGGAGAUAUAGUUUCUAUGCAAGACAUAGAUGGUGGUAUUUAUUAUGCUCAAAUACGUGGUUUAUUAACGGAUCAGUAUUGUGAAAAGAGCGCUGCUGUUACCUGGCUAUUACCCACUACAGCAAGUCCACCACCAGAAGAAGGUUUCAUUCCUGAAACUUACAUAAUAGGACCCGAGGAAGAUUUACCACGCAAAUUAGAGUGUAUGGAGUUUGUUAUGCAUGCUCCAUCGGAUUAUUUUAAGUUAAAGAACACACCCUAUCCACCCAUGCUUACAGAAAAAGGAAUCGGUUACAUAUGGACAACUCUUAGAAAUGAAAUAGCUAUGUCUAAAAAAUGAUAAAUAUACUUUGGAACAUAAUUGUCAAUGAUUCAACUGCAUAAAAAAAUAGUAUCGUUUUUAUCAUUUUAUAUAUGUAAAUUAUUUAUUAUAGAUAGUUUUUUUUAAAAGAUGUAUUAUAUUUUUUAGUCAAAAAUGCUAUUCAACAGUGAAAGUACGUAAAGAGUGUUGCAAAACUUGUAUUAGUAGAACAGAAAUAUGCAUGGAAAAUAAUACAUGCUGUGCUAGCUUAUUUAUUAAAUAUACUUCGUUACAAUAUA